AUGAAUCAAACUCCAAAUUUUCUUCAAAAUAAUGAACGUGACCUCAUGAAUAAGCCUGAUAAUUUAAUUUCAGCUCCAGAAUUUGCAGGUGAGCUUUUGAACAAUAACAGUAACCAAGGUUAUUUUUUGACCCCAAAAUUAUUCCCCAAAAUAUUUUUUUCAGAUAUAUCAAUUUGGUAUGCUAUAAUUCCAACUGAAACCGAUCAUAAUUAUCCAAAUAAUAUCAAUUUGUAGCAUAAUCUUCUUUUUUGCCACGUCAUAACCUUUAAUCGAGCAUUUUUAUUUUUCAAUAAACUUUCUAAAAAUAUUUUUUUCUAAAUUUUCAGAGAAUUAAACACACUAAACCAGAUACUACGCAAACAGCGGAGUAUCGUUGUUUUUGAAAAUCUUUAAAGAGGAAGUUUUUGUAACGUGGAUUUUUUCCAAAAAAAAAAUGAUUCAAAAUUUUUCAAAAAUUCGAGAUAUAAAUGAUGCCACGUGGAAAUAAAAGUUAUGAAUAGGAAAUACAGUAAUCUAAAAUAACAAAUAUUUCUAAAUAUCAACAGUUUUUGUGUAUCAAGUAUCCUCUGUACAGAAAGGUGCGAGAAAUUUUUUUUAUUUUCACAAUUAGCAAUACUUGCGAAAUAGUUCUGGUGAUGAAAAUGCAUCCAUCGGUAUAAAAAUAGAUAACACUUUGGAUCAAAUACCGUGUUUUUAAUUGAAUGCAUUUUCCGAAUAAUUUGAAUUUUGGUGGGUUUUUUUAUAGAAAUUAAAAUUUUAUUAUUUUGAAAUUUAAUUUCAGAUUUUUCAAAACUCGCUUUAAAAAGCCCCACAAUCUUCAGCCCAAUUGAAUUUAUCAUAACCGAAAAGUGUUUCACAAAUCAAGAAGAAGAGGAAAUUGUGGAGCCUAUGAUAAAAAGAGCCAAAAAAUCUGAAAUGCAAAAUCUGAGCAGAGAUGAUUUAUUGGAGAGACGCAGAGAACAGGCGAGGAAAAAUUCGAAUAAUUAUAAUGAUAGAAGAAAACAGAAAAGAGAAGAGUUAUCAGAAGAACUUGAGAAAAAUCAGAUUGAAAUGGAGACUUUGAGGAGGUUUUGUGAAAAUAUGGUGAGCUCAAGGGAUGGCUGCUUGACCUUAUGAACGUCAAGGAUUCACUACGGAAGUCAACAUUUUUAGCUCUAGUGUUGGCUGCUUGACCUACAAAAAUAUGACGUCAAGGGCUAACUGCUUGUUGUUUCUAUACUAGCUCUAGGGUUGGCUGGUUGACCAUAAGUUGUUCUUAGCUAAAAUUUCAUUUUCAGAUUGAAAACAUCAGAAACCUCCAAUAUUUCAUCCUAAAUUAUCAGCCAACAAGUCAAAAUCAAGGAUAUUUCGACCUGCAACACAUUUUAAGUCUGGAAAAUCAAAUCAAAAUGAUUGAAAAUCAAAAACUAGAAAAUUGUAGAAAAAUUGAAAACCUGGAAAAUAUUCAAAAAUGCGAAAGAAAUUUCGAACUUCACCAAAGAAAAUAUGAUAUUGCUAAUAGAAAUUGGAACUUGAAACAGGGAAAUCCAAAUACUCUUGGCUCAACAAAAUCUCGUGCAAAAUCUGAAAUGGAACACGCUGAAAACAAAUUGAAAUUGGCGAAAAUUCAGGCUGAAAUUCAAAUUUUUAAAGAAUUUCAGACGAAACUCGAGCAAAUUAAAGAAUUUGUGAGUGAAAAUCAAAAAGUUUCUGUAAACAACUUUUUUUCAGUGCAGAGAGCAAUUUAUUAGUUAUGUAAAUAUCAAAAAUAUCAAGCUUCACGAGAAAAUUCAGAUGAGAACGGAGGAUUUUGAGAGAUUCGAGAAGAUUUUGGCAUUUUUCGGACUUCCUGAUCCUAAUCCUUCCUGA